AAAAAGGAGACGUUUUUUGUGUAUUGCAAAGGCGUUUAAUUCUCUAAUCGUUAUCGCCGAACAGUAUCUGAGGUUCUCAGUGCGAAGAGUGAAGAGGAAAGCGGGACCUAGACGAUCGGACAGAGAUGGCUUGGUGUGCUGCUCGGGCUCUUCACAUGCCGGCUUUGGACAUCACUGCAUUGCGCUCCAAGACUCCCUUAGCCGUCGGCGUCGGUUGUGCUUCGGUGGCUGGAACCACCUUUUGCCGAUCUUCCUCAACUUCCAAGCGCCAAAUUCCCUUCGCAUCCCUCGGCAUUUCUACCGAUACUAGUAUCAAGGAAGCUGUUAAGACUGACAAGGCUCCAGCUGCAUUAGGGCCAUAUUCUCAGGCUAUCAAAGCUAACAACCUUCUCUUUGUGUCUGGUGUCUUAGGUUUGAAUCCUGAGACAGGGAAAUUUGUCUCAGAUGAUAUUGAAGGCCAGACUGAGCAGGUCCUAAAAAAUAUGGGUGAAAUAUUGAAAGCUGGAGGUGCCAGCUAUUCUUCCGUGGUCAAGACAACUAUUAUGUUGGCUGAUCUGAAGGAUUUCAAGAAAGUUAAUGAGAUUUAUGGUAAAUACUUUCCAUCCCCUGCUCCUGCUCGGUCAACAUAUCAGGUUGCAGCAUUGCCUUUGGAUGCCAAGGUUGAAAUUGAGUGCAUCGCUACACUUUGAGAUCUUACCUAGUUACAGGUACCCACCCAGCUUUGAAGACAUCAUAAAUUAAUAAGAUGGAGAUAGCAAUCACGGGAACACCCCAAAAUCCCAUGUGGCUUUUGUAUUCCCUGAGACUUUCUUCUUGUUACAGUAGAGUGUAACCGCUUGACGGUCAGUGCUUUUUAGCAGUGAAACUUGAAGUUAGAUGAAACAUAUUGAUAUUGUUG